CCGUUUGCAGAAUGUUGUCGUGCAGGCGGACGUGCCUGCAGACGAGCAACAGAUCCGAGCGCAUGCGCAAUUCAUUGUUUUGACUGAAAAUGCCGUCGGUUUCGAAAACGGCGGCCAAUGCGUCUCCUCAAACCGAGAAACCUACCCACUAUACAUACUUGAAGGAGUUCAGGACGGAACAGUGUCCCUUGUUCCUCCAGCACAAGUGUACGCAGCACAGACCCUUUACUUGCUUUCACUGGCAUUUUCUGAACCAGCGACGAAGGCGACCCAUCAGAAGAAGAGACGGGACCUUUAACUACAGCCCCGACGUGUACUGCACGAAAUACGACGAGACCACAGGGAUCUGCCCCGAUGGAGAUGAUUGCCCGUAUUUACACCGCACCACUGGUGACACAGAGCGCAAGUACCAUCUACGAUAUUACAAGACUGGCACUUGUAUCCAUGAGACUGACGCUCGAGGGCAUUGUGUGAAGAAUGGCCUCCACUGUGCUUUUGCUCACGGGCCACAUGAUCUCCGACCUCCAGUCUAUGAUAUCAGAGAAAUACAAGCACAAGAGGCCCUCCAGAAUGGCCAGUUGGGAUCUGGGGAAGGUAUCCCAGACUUGCAACCUGGUGUACUCGCCAGCCAAGCUAUGAUUGAGAAAACUCUGACUGAAGAUCCCCGGUGGAAAGACACCAACUUCGUGUUAGCCAAUUAUAAAACAGAUCAGUGUACUAAACCGCCAAGAUUAUGCAGACAGGGCUACGCGUGUCCCCACUACCACAACAGCAGGGAUCGAAGGCGAAAUCCACGGAAGUUCAAGUACAGGUCAACUCCUUGCCCUAAUGUGAAACAUGGUGACGAAUGGGGUGAGCCAUCAAAGUGUGACAGUGGAGACAGUUGCCAGUAUUGUCACUCUCGUACUGAACAGCAGUUUCACCCAGAGAUCUACAAAUCCACUAAAUGCAAUGAUAAACGACAAACAGGUUAUUGUCCCAGAGGACCAUUUUGUGCAUUUGCACAUGUGGAAAGAAUUCCUUCUACAGAGGAGACCAUGAACUCAUUGCUUUCAGCAAUACAUUCAAGUUCGCAGUCCCAGCUGGGCUCCCAGCAGUUUUCUGAGUGUCCAAUCUCUGAGUGGAACAGUGGAGCCAACCUUAGCACCAACGCAACCAGUAGCAACGGACAAGUAGGACAUGUUUCAUGUUCUAGUAACUCCACUGUAACACCAAGCUCAGGAAGCGACAGUUUGUUAUCCCCAGUGGGGUCCAUCAGCAAGCCAAUACCCCUAACUAAUACUAGUUUAUGUUCAGAGUCCGCCACAUCCCGUGUCUCACCUCUGACGUCUAACUAUCCCAAAGCUCCCGGCUUUGAACGUGGGGAUCAGAUUAAGAGCAAAGGGCAAAUGGAUCACAAAUCGAUGGACCAAGAAAAGCAGACACAAAACACGAUGUUCUCUGUUGGGAACCCUUUGGCAUCAAGCUUUACCUCCAGCAUAGCAUCCAGCUUGGCCUCUAGUGUUGGUUCAGAUAGCUCUUCACCCACCACCUUAUCAACAAUGAAUGCAAAAGCUACUCCGUUCUAUCCAGGGAGCAACACAGUGGAGUCCGUCAUUGGGUCAGCGUUGGAUCUCAAGUUUAGUGACAUUAACGUUGCCUCUCUUGAAAAAGAAUUAGAGGAGCUAGAGGGCAAUAUAGGACUGGCAAGUCACAGGGUGCUUGGUGGAUCUGCUCCUGUCAACAUUCCAGGAUCUCUGGCGCGUUCGUCCUCGUUUAAUUCCUCAUCAUCACUUUCCACCUCCCCACUAAGCUCCCUUUCCCAGUCCCUGUCACAGUCUCUGCUUUCUGGGACAGUUUCCCAGCAAAAUCAGCCUUCAAACAUGCUGGCCAAACAAGAACAUAGCUUACUGGGAACGCCCACCUCUUCCUCCCAGAACUCUCUGGGCUUAAAUGGAGGAGCAAACAGCAUUUGGGACUUUGUAAGUGGCAGCUUUUCACCAAGCCCAUCCCCAGUUUUUAGCACCCUAACCUCCACAACCAGCAGUGCAGAUGUGGCACGUCUUUUUAGAGAGCUGGAUGAAGCCAAGAGGAAGAUCAAGCAAUGGGAGGAGGCCUGGCACCAGGUUAAACAAGCCUGUGAAGCUUGUCAGAAGGAUGCUCUCGAAGCAAAGGAACAAGCGAAGACCGCUGAGGCGGAGCGGCAGCUGGCAGAGCAGAAAUGGGAAGAAACGGAGCGCAAGUUGAAGGAGCUCCAGCGGGACUUUGAUAUGCUUUGCCGCACCCCCGGAACACCUCUUCUCCGUAGCUAUGGAGAGCUGGAGCAGCUCCCCUUGUCAAAGCUUCACUCAAUCCAGAGUCAGCUAUGUAAUGACCUAGAUCUUAUAGAUGGGGUAAUAUAUCAGCUUCAGUCAAAGAAAUGUAUAGUUUGCCAAAAGCAUGAUCGUUGCGUUGUUCUGCAACCUUGCCAACAUUAUGUACUAUGUGAGACCUGUGCGCCUAGUAAAACAGAAUGUCCUUAUUGUAGAACAAAAAUAUUAAAGUGGUGAUGUACUGUAAUUGAAGGUACUAUUUAAAGAAUUAGCCCUUUGGAAAACUACUAAUAUAGAUAAUACAUUUUCUAAACAACAAAUUUUCUUGUAGUUGUUGAAAUAUAUUCAAAUAAAAAUGGUGUUUGACUGACAGAACCAAUAGUAUUAUAACUAAGGUUACAUAUAUGGCAUUCAUUUGUUUUUGCUCACGUUAUGUAAAUGUUAUUUUAGUUCCCAGAUUGCAUUUAGAUUAAAACGACUAUGCUUUUAAGCAGGACGUCUUUUCUCCAGACACAUGCAUUAUGCCGGCGUUUCGGCUAAUUACAAAUUAUGAGGUUUCUUAAAGCAAAUAAAAGCACAAUCGUGAAUCGCAAACCUGACAGAUUUUACAGUGAAUGCACAAUGGAGGUCAAACUAGUUUAACCAGCAAACACACAUCAGUGUGGGUUUGUGUUGGUGGGAAUAGAUUUUUAGUAUUUUUGGCAGCAUUCUCACAGGUGGAAGAAUAUUUUAGCUCCCUGAAUAUAUAUUUGAAGGGACUGUAACUGAAGCUUUUCAGUGAAUAUUUUAGAAACAUGUAUAAAGCUAAUUUAAGUGUUUAAUUGGUUUGGUGCAUUCUUGUAAUCAGAAUUAUUUUAUAAAAGAAAAAAAAAUAAAACCAACUGGUAAAUAGUGAUCUCUACACAGAAACUAACAUAAAAUGGGCAAAACUCUUAAUGUUUCUUUACCUACAGAGGAACACGUGUAAAUUUAAUAAAUGUUAGCCUAGGAUUGAGUUGAGCAAAAAGAUAUUCCUGCAUCUAAACGUGACUGACACCGUUAUAUUUCACUUAAUUAGUCCCGUAUUUACCAUUUAACAGAACAAAGCACUGAUGUUGAAAUGACCGUGGCAUAAGUACACAGCUUACCCACAGUAAGUAUUUCAUUUGAAUGAUAAAAUUAUUUUUAUUCUGCACUAGUAAAAGAAAACAAAUCAAACAAAUUCUGUAGUGUUUUAGUACUACAUUUAAAUAAGCCGUGACAAAGAUUAAAAGUGUUCCUCUUCGAAUAACCCUGUUUUAAAAAACCAUAAAUAUGUUUUUAACCAUACCUUUUAUAUGCAACCAGUCAAACAUCAUUAUUUUGACCAAGUUUCAAAAGAAGUUUGAUUUCUUAUUAAGAGCACUUUGUUAACCUGGGACUUUAUUAAUGGGUAUGUAGUUGUUUGCUUUAAGCUGUUUUGUAGGUAUUCUAUUGUCUUGUUUUAGAUUUAUACUUUGUUUUUCUACAUAAGCUAAUGUCUGAAGCUUCUGUGUGUACUGUGAAACAUUUGAAUAUUCCUUGUUUCAUAUUGUUAAAUCACAGCAUGGUUCUGCAUAUUAAGACUUCAUAGAAAAGUACUUAAUAGUUUCUACUGUAGUCAGAUUUAUAAAAUUUUAAUCAAUUAAGUGCAAAUGGGAACUGCAUUGUAGGCAUAACCAGCAGCUGUAAUAUCAGUGAGGCACAUGCUACAUGUUAAAGGCUGUUUUUCAAUCAGUAAGUUUUAUGUAGAAAUAAAAAACAACAACUGUUCAGUAGAAAAGCAUGCAUUGUAUUUGGUAUAGGCCUAAAGUGGUGAUAUUUUUUGUUUCUUUUUGUAGGAAUCUCUAGCCUCUGACUCUGUCUAGAACAUAUCAGCCUCUGACUCUAAAGUGCCUUGUCUUAGUUGAAAAGGUUAUGUAUAGAAUUGUCAAAACCAAGACGAGUAGUUGAAGCUUGAGCACAGGUUUCCGCGUGUUUAACUUUGCAAAAGUAUCAACAUGUGUAUGACUAGAUGUGCAUAUGAAUAUAUUCCAUUGUUUUUGGCCAAAUUCCAGUAAGUAUUUCUGCAGAGUGAAAAAAAACAUUUCGAACUUAAACUGUCAGUGCCUGUGUCCUGACUUCAUACCUAAAAAAAAUCAAACCUCCAUACUCUCCUCCAACCUAACCAGCCAGCAGCUCAUUCCUUGGUUGUGGUGCUCUAUUGGUGCAGCUUCACUCUUUGAAAUUAGGUAUUACAAUUUUUUACAUUUGGGAGUAUGCAAAACUUAGGAUGCAUGGAAUUUGUACGGAAACUUGCAAAAUGCUUUUUUUGAGCAGUUGAGUUACUUGUUUUUCUGAAAGAUUUCUGCAGUACAUGAACAAUUUAUAGUUUGAUCAUGGGGUGGAUUUUGCAUAGGAUUUGUGCUUGAGUUCCUCUAACUGAAAUGACCUUCUACUGUGUAAAAAAAAAAAAAAAAGACAAAAACUUUUUAUUCUUGCUUUAAAUUAAGUAGAAAAUCAUGUAUCUCAAAGUAUACCUUUUGCUACUUAUGGAUAUGGGAUAACGCAUUGUUUACAUUCUCACAAAUGACAAUUAAGCAACUCAGAGGAAAAAUAUCAUAAACUUUAUCGCAUUUGAGCAUUUUUAUGAUCACCUUACAGCAUAUAAAGCGGGCUAAACACUUCUAGUAUUGCAUGUUAUGCGAUAUAGCUACCACCUAUAAAAAAGUACUAAAAAUGUCUGCACUGUGUGACACUGCCAGGAUAUUUGUACUGACUUAUAAUAAUGUAAGUAAGGCUUAAUUACUUCUGCAAGCUUCGCUGCUACUCGAAAAGGUAUUAAUGUAGUUUCUUCUUAUACAUGUUUGAAUAGAUGUUUGAAUGUUGUACAUCCACUCAGAUUUCAUCACCUAUAAAAAAAUCUCUUAUGCAUCUUCAUUUUUUGAGUGACUUAUUCAUUUGUAAACCCAUUUGAGAAAACGGUUGUAGUACUUUUGUAAGUCACAUAAAAUGAUGUCAUUGACAUGUACUACUAUAGAUUGUGGUUCUUUUGGUUUUUUUUCUAUUAAUUGAUUAAAUUCUAUCAUGUUUUGUUUUUUUUUGGCUUUGUUAAAAUCUGUGUACUGGAUAAGGGUGUACAGUGCAGCUAAUUCACAGAGUCCUUUGGUCUAUUUUGUUUUGUUUGUGAAGCCAACAAUGCUAAAGAUGUCUCGUGUAAAAAUGUCAAAAUAAACCAAAGUGGUGUUUUAGUAGCUGUCAGAAUAGCGUGCACUGUAAAGGGGAAAACCAACCCUUGAACAGAAUAAUGCUCUGGCUUUGGCCAGAUUAGCUCGUUCUAAAUCAAAGUUGAAAGCACAAAGGUUAUUUGGAUGAAACUGAGAUGAGGUCCAACCUUUUAAGAACAGCUGAAAUUCUGUUUUGGAUGCAUUUUUGCUUUAAUGUUGAUUUAAUAUGAUGUAAAUUUUCUAGAAGUCGGUAACAAGACUUGUUUAGCUUAGACGUCUAAUGGACUCUGUUGUUUUUUGGUUUUACCAAAGACUUGUAUUAGUUUCUUUUCUUUCUUUUUUUUAACCCACUACUCCUUUUUUUUUACUUCUAUAAAAAGGCUAAAUUGGUUAAAGUAAAUACUUAAAAGAGGUAAAUCACCUAGUACCUUAAUAGAUAAAAUUCUUUGGUUACUUACACAUUUAUACACAGAUGUUCAGAAAUGAGUCCAAUCCUUACAAAAUCUGUUUGUUUUAUGCCACAUUUUUCUCGGCUGGCUGACUUUAAGCUCAAUCUUGGUGUUGGUUUCAUUGUUGUCUGCAGCGAAGAAAUGUCUUGGUAAAUGGUCUUUGUGCUUCUGAAGUGGCCAUAUAAACUUCACUACAGUACUGUGUUAAUUAAAUCUCCUUUGACUUUGCUUUAUCUAAAUAGCUACUAAAUCGGUAGGUGUGCAUUGUAAUUGUUAUGGCAGGCCUACAAUGACUGUAAGGUGCUUUCUGUGUAAAACUUAAUAUUUUUUUGUUUUUAAUUUCUUGAAGUGAUGGUCAAAUUUACUUUUUCCCAGGACAGAAAAUGAUUGUGAAGCAUCAAUGACAAAUACAGACAAAAGUUUAACUGAUUCGCUUCGGCGAUUUGCCGUAUUUCAAGAAAUCCACUAGGCCUAUUUAAAGUUUUCUUAAAAAAAUGUCAAAUAAAUUCAGAUAAAUAGUUACUCAUUUGGUUUGUGCAGCUCGUGUUUGUGCAUCCCACCGCCCUUAUUUUAUCUCCUUAAUGGACCAAUUAGUUUCAAAUAAAUCUGUGCCUUUUAAUAAUCACAUAGUGUUGAUUUGACAUAAGAAAAAAAAAACCUGAAUCAAAAUCAAAAUUUUAGUGCCUUACAGUAAUUUUUGAGAACCACAAUGUGAUUGCUUACAGUCCUGACCAUUUAAGCCAUGUGAGCUGAAAGGUAAAUUGCUAAGCUAAUGUGACUCAGCGGUUUGACGAUAUAAAACUAAAUAUUUAAUUUUCUUUGCCAAUCUUUGUCUGUAUUUGCCGUACAGAAUCAACAACUCCAGCUAUACAUAACCACUGAAUUUACCUGAAUUAUUUGUUCUGAAUGAGCUAUUUGACGCCAAAAUGUCUUAUUUUUGUUUUAAUGAAAAGCACCAAAUAGGAAAACUUGUAAAUGAAUAUUAAUACAUGUAUCAUGAUGCUCUGCUCUACAUUGGAAUAGUUUGUUGUGUGUUGCGUUAAUGUUACUUGUGGUGUCUUUUUUUAUUAUUAUUAUUUUCUUAACCUUUUUGAAAAUGGAGCCAGAAGAUUUAUGCAAUCUUGUACAUUUAUAUGAGUGUGAUGUAUGGAGCUGUUCAAAUUAAGCAAAAUUAUUAGUAGGAAGUCAAAUUAAUCUAAACAUGGAACUUAUGUACUUUAGAAAUUUAAAACAUGUUAUUUUAACAUAAAACCCAAGAAUUAAUGAAUGUAUUGUUAAAAAUUAGAUAUUCAACUAAUAGACUAGAUAUUCUGAAGCACAGUUAAUUGAUUAUGAUGUAGCAUUUAGUUGUGAACUGCUAUUCAAUAAAAUAUAUUAGAACUUUAAAAAUGCAAGUUUUCAAGUUUCUAUUUGUCAGAAUUGAAUAAUUUAAGGAAAUAUGCUUUUUUUCAGGGUAACAUGGAAAUUUUAAUGAAGAAUGUGUUAAAUCUAAGAACCGCAUCUCAGUUUAGUCAUUAUUUAUAGAUUAUAAUAUGUCCCGUCUUUGUGACAAGCUAUAUGGAUAUGUAGGAAAAUCUAUUGAUAUUUGUAGAAAUUAUUCUGUUUGUAUAUUGAUAUUUUUUGUGUUGUGAACACAAAAGCAGGUCCAAGUCUUAGAAUACUAGAUGUUUGUUUUGGUUUUUUUUUACAUUGAAGAUUGUGUAUCACAUUUACUGUAGUGUAUUACUAGUUUGUUAACACUUGUUAAAUUGUUACACUACAGUUAUGCAAUGGUUUACAGAGUUCACAAAUUAUUUUUAUCAUCUUGAGAAUUAAAAUAAUUUUUCAUCCGAA